CAUAUACUUUAUUUAUGUACACGGAUGUGUAGACGCGCUCACUAACUGUCUGUCUGUCUGUAUUGCUCACUAUCCACACACCUACAAGGAAACACAAACAGACGGACGGACGGACGGACCUGAGCCAGCCGAGUACAAAGGCAGUGUCCGAAUCACGUCAAUUAGCCAGCGACCUGCCAGGGACGAAAAAUAGACCGACAUCAUCUCGUAUGCACCCCAUCGGUCCAUGCAGCCAUCUCAUCUCACUCCCCUGCACCCAUCUCAGGUGUCCCCCAGUAGCACUUCUGGCGGAACCGUCUCCUCCGCCUCGACUGCUUCAUCGACUUCCAGCAGCAUGUCGUCCAUGUAAGCCGAUAUGUAGCUGUCCUCCUCGUCGCUUGCCGUGCUGAUGGUCGUCGGCGUGUCCACCAACGUCGGGUGAGACAGGUCCAAGGAAAAGCCUUCUCGCAGGGGGGAAUGCUCAUUCUCUAAGGCGGUGUGCCACGAGCUGACGACCUCCUCCCAGGUCCAGUUAUCGGUGUCGAAAUGGACGAUCUCCGCCAGCACGUCGAGGGAUGCGUUGGUCGGCAGUUCGUCUGCCUUUGGGAGGUAGGAGAUGGGCUGCAGGAGAAUCUGAUGCUCCUGGACCGUUCCGAGCGACGCCGCCAGCAGCUGCCGCACCGACCACUCAAAGGAUAGCCUCUUCGCCAUCUGCACCGCCACAAAUCAAAAUGAACUGGGGAUGGGAGAGGACGUGCAGCGUUCCUUCUCACCGUGUCGAGGCCGGUGAUGUUGACGUGUGUUAAUCGAAAAGAAAGCAGCGGUCUGCUUUCCUCCUCCUCGGCGCCGUCGUCCGCUUGCGUGGCCACGGCUUCAAGUCCCUCAGCAUCGUGAUGAGGCCGCUUCCUCGCUCCUCUCACCUUUUCGUCCACCCCAAACACUGCCGCGAGGAAGAUGAAGAGGAAGAGGAAGGUUGUUAAGAUGUUGGCAGGCAUCGUAGUAUAAU